UCCACAAAUAUCUCUUCCGUCUAUUAAACUCUUCUCCGAAACCCCAUUUCAAGAAGAGAGAGACCUUCAAACUCAAAGGCCUUAUCCUCUACACACCGUAGCAAUGGCUGCUUCACUCCAUUUCCUCUCCCUCACUCCUCAAACCCUCUCCCUCCACCAUUCUUCCUCCUCCUCCGCUUCCUCUGCUUCUCUCUUCACUCCCUCUUCUCUCAAACCUCUGCCUAAACUCGUCCUUCCGCUUUCCACUGUCAAUACUUAUGCACACCGCACAUCCAGGUUCGUCAGCAACGUUGCGGUUUCAUCUGAGUUGGAUGAAGAGGUGGAAGACGAAAGCCUCGAUUUUUCUGGCUCUGAGGAGCCGCGUUUCUCGCCCGACUUAAAACUUUUUGUUGGGAAUUUGCCUUUUAGUGUUGACAGUGCUGGGCUUGCUGGACUGUUUGAACAAGCCGGAAAUGUUCAGAUGGUUGAGGUUAUCUAUGACAAGAUGUCAGGACGAAGUAGAGGCUUUGGUUUCGUGACUAUGUCUACAAUCGAGGAAGUGGAAGCUGCUGCCGAAAAGUUCAAUGGAUAUGAACUCGAGGGCAGAGUUUUAAGGGUAAAUUCUGGGCCACCUCCUUCUAAGCGGGAAAAUUCUCCAUUCCGAGGAGGACCCAGAGGAGGGACAAAUUCGGAUAACACCAACAGAGUUUAUGUGGGUAACCUCGCCUGGGGGGUUGACAAUCUUGCACUUGAGACCUUGUUUAGUGAGCAAGGAAAUGUUAAGGAAGCAAGGGUGGUUUAUGACAGGGAAAGUGGUAGAUCGAGGGGUUUUGGUUUUGUAACAUACAGUUGUGCUGAAGAGGUCAACAAUGCCAUUGAAUCAUUGGAUGGUGUUGACCUUAACGGCAGACCUAUUCGAGUUAGCCCUGCUGAGGCCCGUCCAAGGCGUGAAUAUUAAUGACUGAAUCUGUCAAGAUCUUCCAAAUGGCAUAUAUUCAGGAGAUAUAUCAAGAGUUACAGCAUAAACGGCCCUGUGAGCUGUGAGGCGAUCCUUGAUAUGAGAUGGAAGAACUUGCACCUUCCACCUUGCACUUGCUGCAACUCUGCAUUUUGAUGCUCGCGUCUGGACUAGACCAUGGAUUUGAUUCCUUUCAUCCAUGCUAAAACUCCUGUUGUGGAAGUGUAUGAACUUUGCAAUGUAUGCUCCGAAUGUUUAUCUGAAAAUUGAAAUUCUGUAAUACCCCAUUUGGAAGAAUAUUAGUUUUUUGGAUUAUUGAGCUUUGCAGUGUGAAA